AUGAAGCCAUCUGACAUCACCAGAGCUGUGGAACUGGCGGCAGCUCCACAGGGUUCCACCGAGUUACACUGGGCUCCACUAAGUUCCAUUGGUUUUCUGUUGGCACUUGGUGCUGCUAGUACCAUCUACCAUUGGAUGGUAUGUAAACUAACAGGUUCUUCAGCGAUCAGUAGAGAUAAUGCCACUCGUGUAAAAGCUACGGCUAAAACUGAUUUUACCAAUGAUCUUUCACGUAUGGACGACAAAGAGGAACAUGUAAACAGGACGCUCAUCAGACGUGGAGAAUGA